UGGAGUCAACCUCCGUCCCUCAAACCAGAGGCGCUUCAGGCCGAAGCAUAACAAGCGCCCUGAGCGCUUAUUUUGACGUACGUACAUAAUAGAUUAUUAUCUUUAUCCACCUGUAUCAACAAAAGCACACGACCAAGUGUAUAUCUAUAGUAGAACCCAUAUAAAGAUAUCUCUUACUCUCUUAGAGCCAGAAGAAAACUAAAAGCGACCUAAAAGCAUUAGGAUUCUUUCCUUGAUUACUACUUCUCAACACGUUGCUGACGCGUGUUGCCUUUAUAGUCCUUCAGCCCUUGAUCCCAUCUCAACAAGACUCAAUAAGAGGCACCAUCGCAAUGGAACAGACUCAGUUGCACACACCCGUCUCUACGACUUCGACAUACCAGACUUUUCUACCACCUCCUGAAAUUAUGGCAGCAAAAAAUGCUUUUACGACCAUUAAGAGCGCUACGGCAACUCUGGAUGAUGUGUUGGAUAAGAUGAUAGUCAAUCAUUACCAUGUCGGUAUCCUUGGAAGCAAGACUGGGCUUGCCAAAGAUAUUGAAGCGAUUACCGCCGAUAUCGCUGAUCAGGACAAAGAGCGCAAACAAGGGCUGAAAGAAAUACAGCUAUUACUCGACGACUUUCUCGACAAAGAGAUACUCGAGGCUUUGAGGGCCCAGGUCGAGGAAGAGAUCAAUAAAGAGAUCGAUCAUCUCGUCGAAAUCCAUGUGAAGGAACGCUUGGAACAGCAUCAUAUUCCCGAGGCUGUCAAACUUGAGGUACAAGAGCGUAAGAGUGCCUUGGAGCGAGAGCAUCGUCGUCUCCACAAUUCAGAGAGCAAACGCGCCAAUUCACUUUUGCGCCAGAGAGACGGCAACGUAUUGCUGAACACCAUCUAUGCAGACGACGGAGAAGGCGAGGUCAGCAAAGAUUUUCCUCGCACGCUAAACGAUCUUUUCGACCUAGACGCCACGAUCAGUAAAAGCUUAGCAACCGAGUAUAAGCUACCUGGCGUCUCCGACUCACGCGAGAAAAAUCUCAAUUUACUGCUGCGUUUCUUCGGCAUCGCGUACCAAAUGGUUAGGACCGGCGACGAGAAAUACAGACGAGUUGGCGUGGUAUUUUGAUUUUAAUGUGGUAUACAUUCGUCAAGUAAUACAGCAAAUAAAAAUAAUCUAUGCCCUCAUUCACUUUCUUGGGCCUCUGCGACCGCUUUCAAGUUUCCGAGUAUUUGAUAACAAGGAGUAAAGUCACCAUAGAUAAAGUAUUGACUCGCUUGCUCCUCCUGCUUGCAAUGAGAGUCCGACAUCCUGAAAGGUAUGAGUUAACUAACCUCGGGCGUUUUAUGGAGUAUGGCAAAAGCAUUCAUGCUGCACUUUUCGCCAUUAAUGAAGGCGUAGUCGACAGUACUGGCAGCCAUAAUGCGAUCAGAAAGGACUUUCACUGCGUAUCGACCGUAAGUCCAGUUACAUGUUGACUUGUAAACAUAAAGGUAGCGUACAGUCAGUCACCCUG